UGUGAGAUGUCAGGGAGGAAUGGCGCUCGGCGCGGUAUUUUGAACAAUCGCCUCUUUCCUCUGCUCGGUGUGUCUGGAAGCGUUGCCCGACCUGAACGUAUCACCAGAGAGCUGAGACUUUGCAAGCAUGGACGUGGUGUCGCCAGAGCUCAACAGCCUCCUUCCUGAUGAGAUCAUGGACACUGAGUCCAUAGAGGACAUCCCUCACUCCCACCCGGACGGCACUGCGGUCCAGUCCGAGCCCAGCGAUGACACACCGGUCCCGAUGGAAACGGAUACGCCCGUGGCUUCAGAACAUUUGAGCCUUUGUACAAAUGCCACUUUGGCAGAACAAACUAAGGCCCUCGCCACCUCCACAGCCACGGACGCCACACUCAGCAUCAGCUCUGGGAGUCAGCUUCCUAUCUCGAUUUCCAGCACGUCGUCGUCGUCAUUUCUCACCCUCAAACCGGUCAUGGUUACUUCGGUAGCCGCUACCAAAACGACAGAUAGUUUGACCGGGACUACUUUCUCAACGGGUGGGUUACAGAGGCUAACGGCUCCGUUUACCAUCUCCGCCGCAAACCACCAGAUCAUUCUCAACAAGGUGGCCUCAUCUCAAGCCACGGAGGCGGCAAAGUCUGCAGGUGCCCCGCACCAGGUCAUCAAGCAGGAAGGACAAAAACUUUUGGUCACGACAAUAGGAAAGUCGGGGCAACCGAUAGUGUUGCAGUUGCCACACACAGGCAACAAACCCGGCGUUUCACAGACUUUAGGAGACAACAAAUCUCAAGCGCCACAGUUUAAAGUGGUGACUAUCGGUGGGAGGUCGGAGCUGAAGCCAGUGGGCAGCACUGGGAACCAGUUGACCACAUUACAGGCCCAGCAGCUGAAGACCGUACAGAUUGCUACGAAAACACCGGUUUCCUCGUCUGCACCAAUCAAGUUUAUCAUCACAAAAACUGUUAACAGCAAAGGUCUAAAUCCUCAGACGACGGUGUCUCCUGUUAUUGCAGGUCGGGUCCUGACACAGACUUCCCCGGGGCUUCCUCCGAGGACCAUCACUCUGUCCGAGCCCCACAACUCCAACAUACAGACUAUCUCCGGCAAAAAGAUUGCUAUCUCGCCCCUUAAGACCCCCAGCAAGGUGACGGUGGUCUCCGUGGCGUCCCCGACCUCCAACACCUCUCAGAAGUCGAUGACGCUGCCCGUCAAUGUAGCACUUGGCCAGCAGAUCCUCACAGUCCAGCAGUCCACAUCUGGAUCUCCAGUCAAGCUGGCCACCGGCCAAACCACAAACCAGAAUAUUAAACAGGUCCAGUCUGUGGCAAUGGGAGGAGUCAGCGGCUCUCAGUUCAAGACCAUCAUCCCUCUGGCCACCCAGCCCAAUGUGCAGCAGAUUCAGGUCCCGGGCAGCAGGUUCCACUACGUCCGCCUCGUCACGGCAACCACGGCGAGCAGCUCGGGACAUCCCACCGGUCCCAGCACCAGCACCAUACAGACAGCAAAACCCAUGGUGGUCAGUGCCGGAGCGGUCAGGAUGUCUGUCCCCAUCGUCCCAGCACAGACCAUCAAACAGAUGGCGCCGAAGCCCUUAACAUCGGGCACCAUGGUGACCACCACUCAGACCCAGCAACGCCUCAUCAUGCCUGCAACGCCGCUACCGCAGAUCCAGCCCAACUUCACCAACCUCCCUCCAGGCACCGUUCUGGCUCCGGCUCCAGGAGGAGGGAACGUCGGCUACGCAGUCGUUCCAGCUCAAUACGUCACACAGCUCCAGCAGUCGCCAUUCGUGACCCUCGCCAGCAGCUCCGGUUUCACCACGACCACCGGUAUCCAGACUCAGGCCAGAUUACCGCUCAAUGGCUUGUCAACAGCAGAAUCAACCUCAAGACCAAGGAAACCGUGCAACUGCACCAAGUCACAGUGUCUCAAACUUUACUGUGACUGCUUUGCAAACGGAGAGUUCUGUAAUAAUUGUAACUGCAAUAACUGCUUCAAUAACCUGGAACAUGAAACGGAGCGUCUCAAAGCUAUAAAGACGUGUUUGGACCGAAACCCAGAGGCCUUCAAACCCAAAAUUGGUAAAGGCAAAGAGGGAGAGUCGGACCGUCGGCACAGCAAAGGCUGCAACUGCAAACGAUCGGGCUGCCUGAAGAACUACUGCGAGUGUUACGAGGCGAAGAUCAUGUGCUCGUCCAUCUGCAAGUGCAUCGGCUGCAAGAACUUUGAGGAGAGCCCGGAGAGGAAAACACUGAUGCACUUGGCCGACGCUGCAGAAGUGAGGGUUCAGCAGCAGACGGCGGCCAAGACCAAGCUGUCGUCACAGAUCUCAGACCUGCUCAUGAGGACGACGCCUGUUAUAUCAAGUGGAGGCGGGAGGAUGCCGUACACGUUUGUAACAAAGGAGGUGCUGGAAGUGACGUGCGAGUGUUUGCUGGAGCAGGCCAAAAAGGCCGAACAGACUCACCAGCCUCAGGUGGAGGCGGAGAGGAUGAUCCUGGAGGAGUUCGGACACUGCCUCAUGAGGAUAAUCAACUCCGCGGGGAAAGCCAAAGCAGACUGCGCCUCCAUCAACUGCUAGGCCCGGCUUUCCUGGCGAUCUCACACCCUCUUACCUAACCCCACUGCGUGGGGGGGGCAGGAUGCACGGAUUACUCUCUGUCUCGGCCCCCUGGGGUCUCUCUCCUGCAGGGAAACGGGUUGUCCCCCUCAUCAAAAAGGCAGAACAAUGGCCUGAAAGUAGAGUAUCCUACAUUGGACAAGCUGAGGCCGGCUGGAAUAAUAAACAUGGGACAGAUGUUUUCAGACUAAAGGACAAACGGACAGAGCUCCUCGCCUCUGAUGGACCUUCAAAACUGAUCUCUGACGUAAUCACCUGGCUGUGAUGGACAGAAACGACUGAGCAAGGUAGCGCUGAACAGGGAUUUCUUUACUUUUUUUCCCCACAGGGAUCUAUCAAAUCUGUUUGUGUUCUUCCAUUUUAUUCUAUUUUCUUUUAUUCUU